CUCUAUCUCCUUCCUUCCUUCCUUCCUCCAGUCCCCUCUCUCUCUGCUGCACUUCUCUCUCCUAACUCUCUAACUAACCUAUGCACUUGUAGCUUCUCUCUCUCUCCCUCUCUCUCUCUCCCUCUCUCUCUCUCCAUGGGCUCUCCUUCCACACUCUUCCUCUACUCUCCUCCAAACAUUUCCUUGGAAGCACGCGUUCACCGAGGCGAAACCUUCCGCUGCUCCAGGAGCUUUCGCGUUCUCCGGGGGCUGUUUCCGGCAAAGGCACUAUUUGUCAACAGAGGGAGAUUGAAAAGAUUGCUUCUUCUAAGAGCAGCAUCGUCCUCCAAGGGUGACGUUGGUCCGAGGCGGAGGGUUUACACGGAGUCUCAGGGCCAGGAUCCCCUGCCGUUAAGUCGUGUGAAGGAGUUUGCCGCGUUCGCUGUGCCAGCCGGCGCCUUUCUUGCCAUUACUUUAGUUGUAUGGAAAUUGUUGGAAAAAGUCCUUCCAAAAACAUCUACUUAUUCGUCCGUGGCAAGUAAACCUUCUAUGCAAGGAAUAAAGUGGUCUCCUGGCACAAGUAUACUACAAGGUUUUGGUGCAAAGGCUGGGGGAGAGCCCAGGAAAAGGCUCAAUCAUUUUGCCAAAGAACUUAGGUCUUCCAGUAGGGUUGACAUUUCAGGUUGCAACUUUGGAGAUGACGGAUUAUUUUUUCUUGCCGAAAGCUUGGCCUACAAUCAGGCUGCGGAGGAAGUAAAUUUUGCUGCUAAUGGAAUAACUGCUACUGGAUUGAAAGCCUUUGAUGGAGUUCUUCAAUCAAACAUGUUUCUAAAGAUUCUUGAUCUAUCUGUUAACCCCAUUGGAGACGAGGGAGCUAAGUGCCUUUGUGACAUACUGGUGGGUAAUGUUGGGAUUCAAAAGCUCCAGCUGAACAGUGCAGACUUGGGUGAUGAGGGAGCAAAGGCUAUUGCUGAGAUGUUGAAGAAAAACUCGAGCCUACAUGUUCUUGAACUUAACAACAAUAUGAUUGAUUAUUCUGGAUUUACUAGUCUUGCUGGAGCACUCCUAGAAAAUGAUAGUAUACAGAGCCUAUAUCUAAAUGGCAACUACUGUGGUGCUUUGGGGGCUGCUGCUCUGGCUAGAGGGCUGGAGGGAAACAAAUCUUUGAGGGAAAUCUCUCUACAAGGAAAUUCCAUUGGAGAUGAAGGAGUUCGCGCUCUUAUGUCUAGUGUGUCUUUACGUGAAGGUUUGCCUUCCUUUAUUAACUUCAAUUAUGGUAGACUUCAACAUCUAGACAUUGGGAACAAUGCAAUUACCUCAAAAGGUGCCUUUCAUGUUGCUGAAUAUGUCAGGGAAAGCAAGAGCUUAGUAUUCUUGAAUCUGUCUAUGAAUGAUAUUGGAGAUGAGGGAGCCGAGAAAAUUGCAGAGGCUUUGAAGCAGAAUCAGUCAUUAGCAAACUUGGAUUUGGGGGGAAACAACAUCCAUGCCAAAGGGGCUAGUGCCAUUGCUCAGGUUUUGAAAGAGAAUUCUAUCAUUACAAAGUUGGAAAUUAGUUAUAAUCCCAUUGGACCACACGGGGCAAAAACUUUAUUUGAAGUUCUUAAAUCUCAUGGAAAUAUAAAGACCCUGAGUCUUGGUUGGUGCCAGAUAGGUGCAAUGGGUGUAGAGUUCAUUGCUGAUGCUCUGAAAUACAACUCUACCAUCUCCACUCUGGACUUGCGAGCGAAUGGGCUUGGAGACGAGGGUGCUAUCUGUCUGGCUCAGAGCUUGAAAGUGGUUAAUGGAGCUUUGACUUCGCUUGAUUUAGGGUUUAAUGAAAUAAGAGAUGAUGGGGCCUUUGCCAUUGCCCGAGCGCUCAAAGCUAAUGAGGAUGUGAGCAUUACAAAACUAAAUCUUGCCAGCAACUCUAUUAGCAAAUUGGGGCAGGGUGUUCUCACAGAUGCAAUUGACCAUGUAUAUGAGAUGACUGAAAAGGAAGUCAACAUUUUUUUCUGAAUUGCUUUUCGAGGGGAAUAUAAUGUAUCCUUUUCUCGAUAUGUUGAAUUUUUCGUUGUUCUUUGGGCAGUUAUAUUUUGCCUUUUUGCCGCCGAGUUCCUACUCUCUUACUAUUAACCAACAUCCAUCAACAUAGGCAGCAUCAGAAAUUUUGGCCGCGAGAGAUCCUAGUUAGCUUGAUGAACUUGUUUAGUCCUCUUUUUAAUAGUUAUUUAUAGUGAGGUAGAGCUCAUAUUUAGGGAUCAUGCUUUACAAUAUCUUAGGGUGCUCGUGAUAUAAUUGAUUUGGAAAGGUGUUAUUUAUUUC